AUGGGAAUUGAGAGAAACUUGAAGGAUGGGAAAGGGGGAGAGUUAUGUGAAGUGUUUGAAGAAACGAAUACCAACAACAUGAAAUCUAGAAAGAACCGGCGACAUCGACAGUGGAUGAAGAUGUCGCCGGUUCAGAAACUUUUUCUUGCUUGUCAACAUGUUUUUGCUAAUGCUUCACCUGGAAUUGUUCCUUCUUCUCAACACAUUGAAUUGCUUAGUUCUAUUCUAGCUGGAAUAAAACCAGAAGACCUAGGAUUGAAGCCUGAAAUGCCAUAUUUCACUAAUAACAAUGCUGGAACGCCGAAAAUUACGUACCUUCACAUUUUUGAGUGUGAAAAAUUCUCGAUGGGAAUAUUUUGCUUGCCACCUUCAGCAGUAAUUCCUCUUCACAAUCACCCUGAAAUGACAGUUUUUAGCAAGCUUCUUUUCGGAACAAUGCACAUCAAAUCUUAUGAUUGGGCUGUUAACUUGCAUGCCGAUGUCUCACAAACCGAGACACCAGAGAAAAGAUUGGCGAAAGUGAAGGUUGAUGCUGAUUUCACUGCUCCUUGCAAUCCUUCCAUCCUUUAUCCUAAUGAUGGUGGCAACAUGCAUUGCUUCACUGCAGUCACAGCUUGUGCUGUUCUAGAUGUUCUUGGUCCUCCCUACUCUGAUCCUGAUGGCAGACACUGCUCAUACUAUCAAAGUUUUCCUUUCUCCAACUUUCCAGUUGAUGGAGUAUCCAUAGCAGAAGAAGAAAAGAAAGAGUAUGAAUGGCUUGAAGAAAGAGAGAAACCAGAGAGUUUACAAGUGAUAGUGAAAAUGUACAGCAAUCCAAAGAUGGUGGAGAAUUAA